AUGUCCGGCUGGGCCGAGUUCUACCGCAACAAGACACUAGCCUACGGUGCGCACGCGGCAAAGCCGUCAGACUGGAAGUGCAACCCCGCGCCGCCGCCGUCCCUCCGCGCCGACCUGCGUUAUCAAGCAACCUACACGGAUGAGCAGUACGCAGUGCUUGCGCACGGCUUCGUGCCGCAGGACAUGGACGAGCGGUGGUUUGUCGUCCUCGACAACGGAUGGCUCAACCUCUACCGCUCCUGGAGCGGAUCCCACAUUUACGGCCUCCACCUCGCCCGCGCUGACGGUGGAGGGUGGACUGUCGACGAGUCCUGGGUCACGCGUAAUCCGGAGGAGUACAGACCAGUCGCACACGGGGACGACGGCAUGGACUUUGAACGCGACACGGUUACGUCCAUCCUGAAGAACUAUUGCUUCAAGCAGCACGAGGAGUGGCUCAAGGUCAAGGCGGAGGAGGAGCAGAAGGCGAAGCAGGUGAAGAAGUCAACGUAG